AAAUCUUUACCGGAAAAUCGCACAACUUUAACCUCAAGUUUGCGAACAACAACGACAAUGCAGUCGUCGGAUACGCAUGGCGGAUUACGCGGCCCAGCACCCUUAAAGGUGAUUCAUGAGGGAAUGGACAAACAAUGGCAACUCUGGCUGCAAGCGUUUGAAUUUUACGCAACUGCAACGCAAUUGGACAAGAAAUCUCCCAGCAUACAGGUAGCCACGUUUAUGGCAAUGCUUGGUCAGGAAGCUUUAAUUAUUUACAAUACUUUUGAGCUUGCAGAUACCAAUGAUAUCGCAAGGAUUAAAGAGUUAUUUAGCACCAAAUUUGCGCCUAAACAAAACGAAUCUUACACAUCUUGGUUAUUUCAUAAAUUAAAGCAGGAAGCCCUGGAAACCUUCGACGAAUUUUUAACCAAGGCUCAAACUAUGGUGAAAAAAUGUGAAUACGGGGGAUUAGAAUCACGUAUGUUCCGUGAUAAAAUUGUAUUUGGAGUGCAUAGUGAUGAUAUUCGAGAAAAACUUUUCGCCGAGCCAAAGUUAGAUCUCGAACGUGCAAUAUUGAUUUGUCGACACGCGGAAACCGCUGCUAGACAAUUGCAGAAUAUGAAGCAGUGCGACGAAAAGAAAAUCGACGCAUUAAGGAAACAGUCAGCGACAACUAACAAAGCGCGAUUGCAACAUAACAAAAAGUGUGACCCGAAACAGGCAAAAGAAACACGAACGGGGUACAAAUGUCGAAGAUGUAAUACACAACACGAAAGAAGAGCAUGUCCAGCAUAUGAUAAAACAUGUCACAAAUGCAACACAAAAGGAGAUUAUAGCAGAAGAGGAUUUAUACGUGGAAUGCACAACCGUCAAAAACAACAGCAGAGAAGAUUUGUCGCGCGAAGAGUAGUAUGAACCAGUUCAACUGCCAAAUGGACCAAGCACAUGAAAUUAGAUACCGGUACAAAUUGUAAUGCCAUGAGUAAAUAC